CCCUGACCGAGGCAGCCAAUCAGGAGGCCUCCCUGCUGCGCCAGCAGAACAACAACAGCCCGUCUCACUUUGUUUCCUGUUAGCAUUUAGCACCGCAGGAGAAAAACGGGUCGUGUAAAAUGUUGAUGUAACCAAAGCGUCCGUCUCUCGGUCGAUGUGAUCUUUGUUUUCGGCGUCAGUGUGCUGAAGGCGGAGCUGAUCGGAGCUGCUAGCUGACUGGAGCUAACGUCGGCAGAGGAAGAUGGGGUCCAUCCUGAGUCGCAGGAUCGCUGGUGUGGAGGAUAUCGAUAUCCAGGCCAACUCGGCCUAUCGGUUUCCACCGAAAUCUGGGAAUUAUUUUGCGAGCCACUUCUUCAUGGGAGGAGAGAAGUUUGACACACCGCAUCCUGAGGGAUACCUUUUCGGAGAAAACAUGGACCUGAACUUUCUUGGAAAUAGGCCAGUGCAGUUUCCGUAUGUGACACCUGCACCGCACGAGCCUGUGAAAACCCUGAGGAGUCUGGUCAACAUCAGGAAGGACUCCCUGCGUUUGGUCAGGUACAAAGAUGACUCUGACACUCCGGUGGAGGAAGGUGGAAAGCCAAAGGUUCAGUAUGGUGUGGAGUUCACCUUUGAUGCUGACGCUCGGGUGGCCAUCACCCUCUACUGCCAAGCAUUUGAGGAGUUCUCCAAUGGGAUGGCAGUGUACAGCCCAAAGAAUCCAUCACUGGUCUCUGAAACGGUGCAUUACAAGCGAGGGGUGAGCCAGCAGUUCUCCAUGCCAUCUUUCAAAAUAGAUUUCUGCGAGUGGAAAGAGGAAGAUCUGAACUUUGACCUUGACAGAGGAGUGUUUCCUAUGGUCAUCCAAGCUGUGGUUGAUGAAGGAGACGAUUGCCUCGGACACGCUCAUGUACUUUUGGCAGCCUUUGAAAGACAUGUGGAUGGCAGCUUCUCCGUCAAGCCUCUGAAGCAGAAGCAAAUUGUGGACCGUGUCAGCUACCUCUUGCAGGAGAUCUAUGGCAUUGAGAACAAAAACAACCAAGAAACCAAGCCAUCGGAUGACGAGAACAGUGACAACAGCAACGAGUGUGUUGUCUGUCUGUCGGACCUGCGAGAUACACUCAUCCUGCCCUGCAGACAUCUGUGUCUCUGCAACUCCUGUGCAGACACGCUGCGUUACCAAGCCAACAACUGUCCCAUCUGCAGGCUGCCCUUCAGAGCCUUGUUGCAGAUCAGAGCUGUGAGGAAAAAGCCCGGUGCUCUUUCCCCCGUGUCCUUCAGUCCUGUUCUGGCUCAGACAAUGGACCAUGACGAGCACUCGAGCACAGACUCGGUUCCUCCCGGCUUUGAACCCAUCUCACUGUUGGAGGCUCUGAAUGGUCUGCGGUCAGUGUCUCCCGCCAUCCCGUCUGCCCCCCUCUAUGAUGAAAUCAACUUCUCAGGAGGUCUAGGAGGUGACAGCAGACAGCUGAGCUCCCCAGAGCAUUUAAGUGACGGGAGUCUGCAAAAGGGCAAAGUCAGCAAGUCACCUGACAGCACCCUUAGGUCUCCAUCUUCUCCCAUCCAAGAGGAAGAUGAGGAGAAGCUGUCUGAGAUGUCUGAUGCUCAGCCACACACAAUGCUGUCCAGCAGCCCCGCCCCCACAGACGCUACUGCAACUGAGGAUGUGGCAGAAUCUCUGUCCCCAGAUGAUGAGGACAGGAUGCAUGUUGGAGGAGACAUCCUACAGGACUGCAGCAGUGAACACAGCAGUUUGACCAAAACAGAGAGCGACCCACCGGGCGAUUUGUCCCUGCCAGCUCUCGGUCCUGAUGCCUGCUCUAUUGGUAUGGAGGAAUAACUGUGGGUCAUCAGAGUCAACAGAAAGCCUGAAAAGUCAGAGCACAAACUGCUCCAGCCAGCCUCUCCUGUGUCCCACGAGCAGCCUUCAUAUGGAGGAUGAGCACCUCAACCCCUGACUAUAAUCCAGCCUUUUCCUUUGCAUCCAUCAGAACAGAUUUAUGCUUUACAAAGACCAUCCAGCCCCUCUAUUUUUUUUUUUUUUUUACCCUCCUGCCCAGUCUUCUGCACCUGUAAUCGAGUCGAUGACGGCCCCUGAAAGGAAAUCCACCAGGACGAGGGAAGAGUCUGAUUAUUCCAUCAAUGUCUCUGACAUUAGAAAAGAAAUUUGACUUCUGCAAAGAUGCUCGUGGUACCUUACUCUAUGACUGAUGCUUAAAAAAAAAAAAAGAUAUUGUUCCCCCAGCUUUGAAAACAUUUCAUUAACUGUCAGAUGGUGUUCAGUGUGUCUUGGCCAGAGUUGUGGUCUAGUAAUAUGGAUUCCAGAGAUAUUUCACUACCUGUCAUGGUGGUGCUUUUAAGCACACUUACUUUAAAUUAACUCAGUUUGUUUGACACUAAAUUCAGAAGAAUUUAUAAAUACGGUUUGUGUUUAGAUAUUGUAUUCUUCAGUGAAAUACAUUAAUGACUUGUUUUUCCAGUCAGGUUGAUUUUGGUUAUGAGACAUAAAAAAAAGAAAGAAAAAGAAAUAUAUCACUUAUGUAUCUGUAUGUCCAUCUGAAGUGAUUUUACACUCGUUGAUAAUCCAUUCCUCAUAACAAGAGUUUAUGAUGAGUCAUGUUUAAGUUUAUGCAGUCUUAAAUAUCUACCUGUCACUUUUUAUUAUUUCAAAUUAUGUGAUAUCUCUGUAUCAUAACUGUACUAGAAUCCUGUGUAGUUACUUCCAAAAUUGUAUACUUGCAUAUUACAUAGAAGAAAAAAAAAAUCCUGAUAUUGAAGUAAUAGAACUAGAUUCAGUUAACUUGCACAUUAUUUAAGACUUGGAUAAUCGAUAAGAGCUACAGAUUAACAUCCUAACAGCUGAACUCAAAGAUAGCUAAAGCCUGCAACAAGCAUAGACGCUUCAGAUAUACGUAUGCUGACUCAGUAUGGCACAGUAAGUGUGCUUGUUGUCGAUAUGGCACAUGUCUGUACAGUCUCUCUUUGUGGCAAUGCCAGUGUCCGCUUAUGUGACGUAGCUGCAAAUUAAGGGGGUCGGGUGUUUGUGUGGCUGCAAUGCCGUCACUUACCUUGGUCCUGUACGUGUAGCGCCAUGCAUAUAGAUCUAUGUGCCUUGAAUUGAUAUGGCUGCCUGCUUGUUGCAUUGGACAUUAGUGUUCUUAUAAAUGCUACAUUAUACAAAUUUUCAGCCUGUAGACAGGAUUUUUGACGCUGAUGUACAGAGCCUUUUUUUCUAUCGCAAACUUCACGCUACUGCAGAAAUGUAUCUUGUUAUUGUUACUGCAAUAUUAAAUUGUUCAUUUACUAUGUUAUGGCCAUGUAUCAUUUAUACAUGGGCAAUCAUAUUAUGCAUUUAAUCUUAGUAUUUAGGUUCAAGUGGAUUCUCUUAAUGUACAUUUGAUUGGAAGGAACACAUCCGAUGCAAUAAAUGCAAACAUUGCAUUUUAAUAAACGGGCUAGCAUUUGCAUGUGAAUUUGUAGAGACACAAACCUCUCAUUGCUUUUAAGUAACAUGGUUAUUUUGUCUUUCCCCCUCCUCUUUCUGUGCCAUUUCAACUUGACACUGUGCCUUCCUGUUCCUGUUCUGACCACUAUUGACCUGGUAUCCAGGAUAACUCCACAGUAGGUGGUUUGUGGCUCUCUGUAAAAUCAAUACCUGUCUUUCCUUGUGUGUAUAGCAGCAUGUGUACAACAAUAAAGAACAAACAUUCAGUAUUUCA